CAACCAAACAUAGCAAGUGACACUUGAUCUUGUGAUUCUGGGUAGGGAAAAUGGGUUUCAAAGCAUUCUUCCUCUUUGCUCUAAUCUCUUUCUCUGCUCUGUCUCUCAGUCGUGCUUUUGCAGAGAAUGAGGAAGAUCCAGGCCUUGUAAUGAACUUUUACAAGGAUUCAUGUCCUCAAGCAGAAGACAUUAUCAGAGAACAAGUCAAGCUUCUCUACAAGCGCCACAAGAACACUGCAUUCUCAUGGCUGAGGAAUAUUUUCCAUGACUGUGCUGUUCAGUCUUGUGAUGCUUCACUCCUACUGGAUUCCACAAGGAGGACCCUUUCUGAGAAGGAAACAGACAGGAGCUUUGGGUUGAGGAACUUCAGAUACCUUGACACCAUUAAAGAAGCUGUGGAGAGGGAGUGCCCUGAAGUGGUUUCUUGUGCAGAUAUCCUUGUUUUGUCUGGAAGAGAUGGCAUUGUUGCGCUUGGUGGGCCUUAUAUCCCUCUCAAGACAGGGAGAAGGGAUGGUAGGAAGAGCCGUGCAGAUAUACUAGAGCAGUACCUCCCAGACCACAAUGAGAGCAUUUCAGUGGUACUUGAAAGAUUUGGAGCCAUGGGCAUCAACACCCCAGGAGUGGUGGCCUUGCUAGGAGCUCACAGUGUGGGUCGUACCCACUGUGUGAAGCUGGUUCAUCGUUUAUACCCAGAGGUGGAUCCAGAAAUUAACCCAGAUCACAUUGAGCACAUGCUUCACAAGUGCCCAGAUCCAAUCCCAGAUCCCAAAGCAGUGCAAUAUGUGAGGAAUGACAGAGGAACACCAAUGAAGCUGGACAACAACUACUACAGAAACAUAUUAGACAACAAGGGUUUGCUAAUAGUGGAUCAUCAGUUAGCCAGUGACAAGAGAACUAAGCCCUAUGUGAAGAAGAUGGCCAAGAGCCAAGACUACUUCUUUAAGGAGUUUUCAAGGGCAAUUACUAUCCUUACUGAGAACAAUCCUCUCACUGGAACAAAGGGUGAGAUCAGAAAGCAGUGCACUGUUGCCAACAAGCUCCAUUAGAGAGUAAAUACUACUCUUUAAAUACUUACUACUACUGCCUUCCAUAUGGCCCAAGAAAAGGCUUUUUUUAAAUCUUCUUCUUCAUCCUUUUCUUUUAAGGGACAGAAGGAGUGAAAAGCUUAGUGGAAUAAGAGUUUGGGUUCAGUGGGUUUUGCUUCUUUUUGCUUUUUAAUGGAGAGUGGUUCAGUCAUCAGUGGGAUUGUAGUGGUUGGUAUGAUGAUGGCUGCUUGUAAUGUUGUUAGUGUGGCUCUGUAGGGUUUUCUCCCUUUGUUUAAAGGGUGGGUUCAUGUGGUUUAGUGUUUAGGGU